UGCAGGCUGGAUGCCAGAGAGCAGCUUCACAUCAUAUGUGAGCAAGCCUCACCCUCUGACCAGUUAAAGGAACAUAGCGAACUGAAAUGCUCAGAGAAUACCAGGAGCUUUCGGAAGUGUCAUGUGGCCAGUAUGACUGAUAGGUCAACCGCGCAGUCCUGGGUGUGGCGCACUUUGUAUGAGGUUUUUUUUUUUUUUCACUUUAGCCAAAUGCCAUCUAUGAUUUAAGCAUUGGCUUUUAGAAAGGGUCAUCUAAUGACAGAAUUUAAGAAGAGGCAGUUAAUGUUGUUGUAUACCCUCUGUCUCUCACAUACAUUUCUAGUGGUCUAUUUGUCAUCAUAACUAUGCCAUUGAAGUGUACAAGAAAGGACACACAUAGUUAAAUCUGGCUAAAAAUCUAGAACAUGUUAUGUUUACUAAAUAACAUUAGCCCAGCUAGCUAGAUAGCAAGCCGGAAGUUGGCUAUUGCUGAGGAUUAAAAUAUUUGGCAAUUACAUUAGGUCAGCUAUGCAUAUGUUUGAUGUAUUUGGACACUGCUGAGCAACUGAUUUUAAUGCUGUAAUUUUUACAUAUUCAAUACAAUCAAAAUGAAUGCAGUCAGCAAUGCAGUGAUGUUACCACGUGUGUUAUUAGUCAUUUGGCUAAUGUGUGUGGUUGUCCUCCUUGAGGGAAGAGAAGACCACAUGUCUCUCACUUGGCAUGUGUAAGCGUAAUAAAACCUGGAGAACACACUUACAGUGAUCAGAGACAGGUCACACGACUAGGCAACACUGACCAAUGAGAUAGGACCACGUGGCUCAGCUGUAGCCUCUAAACAUCACCUUAAGUAACACCACCAGAUAACUUUACAGCUGAGUUUCAUCAGUGUAUAACAGCAGAUGUAUUUAAUACUUUCCUUUUGGAAGAACCACCAGUGAAGCCGUAUCUAUUUUUGGCCUGAUCACAUUUCAUUCCCUCUUGCAAUGGAAAACCCCUCUCCCACAUUUCCCCAUCUUACUGGACAUGCAGAUACAUUUCCCUUAUGGACAACAUGGACUGAUCUAAUUUGUGCAAGGCCAAUAAUAAAUGUGUUCCUAUUAUUUGCAGCCAUAAGGAGUAAUUAUUAGUAAUAUUAGUAAUUGCUGUGGUGCCCCACAGACUCUUGAUUGAAACCAUGCCAAUGCUGAGCCAUGGAUAUCUAGACACUUCUGAAUUGGCGUGUUGGGUGGCAGAUAUAUAUAUUUAUUUUUAAUUGACAACAGUCACUGAAAUCAUGGAAAUUGGCUUUCCCUUGCAUUUUUUUUUUUGCUGUGAACUGUGAUUCCAGCUUCAAGAUUAAAAUCUAAAGUUAACCAAACAAACCAACAAUUAAUAUUCUAAACAAAAAUGAAUACCAUUACAUUACAUUAUUGGCAUUUGGCAGAUUAUCCAGAGCGACAUAAAGACUAAGCAGGAGACAAUCCUCCCCUGGAGCAAUGCAGGGUUAAGGGCCUUGCUCAAGGGCCCAAAGGCUGUGCGGAUCUUAUCGUGGCUACACCGGGAUUAGAACCGACCUUGCAUGUCCCAAUCAUGUAUCUUAACCACUACACUACAGGCUGCCCCACGACUACUAAUACCAGCUAACCUGUAUGCAACUGUGCCUGUACCAUUAUUGCCUGUACCAAUAGAAAAUCCCAAAAAUUAGAGAAUGGCUAAAGAUGGCAAGGGUAGCCAUGGUGUAGUCUGUGUCCGAAGCUGGAUACAACAUGUUGUCCCCGCGGACAGUGAGGAAGAUGGUGAGGGAGGCCAUAAGUAACCCAAGAAUCACAGUUUAAGAAUUGCAGAGAUUGGUUGCAUCUUGGGGUUGCCAAGUCUAAAAAAGGAACCAUAAAAUGGCACCAUACCAACAAACACUUUAUUGGAUGGCAUGAAGACAACCCUUACUGAGUACAAUGAACAAAACCAAGCACCUAGAGAUUGCCUAAUGUCAUUGGAUUUAUGACUCACACCAUCAGCGUGUUUGGUGGAAAAAGAGGAAUGCAUACAAGGAGAAGCACCUCAUACCUACUGUCAAAUAUGGAGGUGUAAAGUGGAGCAUUCCCCGUAGCAGCCUCCAAUGCCAACACUAGCCCCAUGAAGUGGAUGCGUGCAGCAACAGGCAGUCAGUAGAGGGCGAUGAAAAGUGGGGUGACACAAGCCAACCUGGGCUGACCGGUGGUCAGGCGGGCUGCAGCAUUCUGGACCAGCUGGAGGGGCUUGAUGGCACAAGCUUGGAGACCAGCCAGGCAGGAGUUGCAGUAAUCCAGUGGUCAUCUCAAUCUCCAGACUUAAAUCCCAUCAAAAACCUGUGGUCUAAACUGGAGAGGGGGUCCAUAAGCGCAAAUCCGUGGAUAUCAAGGAUUCUGAAAAGUUCUGCAUGGAGGAAUGUCUGAAGUUUCCCUCUGACCUGGAGGAGCUGAGGGAGCUGGCAGAGAUGCUGCAGUUUUACAAGUCUGAGCACAAAGGAUAUGUGAUGCUUCUCUUCUGCAGUGCCUACCUCUACAAGCAGUCAUUUGCCAUCCCUGGAUCCUCCUUUCUGAACAUGCUUGCUGGGGCACUCUUUGGUCCAUGGCAGGGCUUGUUUAUGGCUUGCCUGCUCACCACUGUGGGCUCCAUUAACUGCUACUUCUUGUCUCGCACCUUUGGGAAACACUACAUUGUGCGCUUGUUCCCAGACAAAGUGGCUGUAUUGCAGAAGAAGGUUGAAGAAAACAGGAGUAGUCUGCUUUUCUUCCUGCUCUUCCUAAGAUUUUUCCCUAUGACUCCUAACUGGUUCCUAAACGUCACCUCCCCCAUCCUCAACAUCCCCAUCAGUAUUUUCAGCCUGUCAGUCUUAAUCGGCCUGGUCCCGUAUAACCUGAUCUGUGUGCACACGGGUGCCAUUUUGUCAGAGAUCUCCUCCAUGGACGACAUCUUCUCCUGGGGGACGCUGCUGCAGCUGCUGGUCAUUGCCUGCGCAGCCCUGCUGCCCGGAGCGCUGAUCCAACGCUACAGCCGUGCCCACCUCAAACUGGACGGCCUGCGGCCGAACGGACACACCCUGGACAAGAAAACCAGAUGACCUGCGCGCCCUACCAUCCACACGCCACGCAGGCGCCCUGCGGUAUCUUAGUCUGAAGACCGUAGUCCUAAGGAACGUCUUAAAAACAAACCUACCGAAAGACCUCCACAGAAACAGGGUUGAACCAUCUUGAAAAUCGCUGGACAUCGAAGUCUUUUUAAAAAAACUGUUUCAGUUCUAUAUUGUUUAUUAGCGUGUUUACUGCAAGGAAAAAUCGUGCGAUUCGGCUAUGUCUGUGAUUGUCCGGCUGUGUUGCGCAUUGCGGUAAUACUGCUGAGCUUGGUAUUGUGUAGCACUUCAGUUUGGAGGAUGGGAUUUAUUAUAUACCAGAAUUACUGGAGCCAAAGUUGUGUGUGUGUGUGUGUGUGUGUAAGGGAGUGAGCCUAUGCCCACUAUCGAUUGUCAGUUUCUAUGAAAUCACACUCCUAGUCUCUCAGUGUGUCAUCUGACCUCUGUGAAGGUGUGACAUUGUCCUUUCUCACACCAAGAUUAUGUCCACAUUUAAGGCCCACAGGAAAACUGUUCCACCACUCUUGCAGUGGAACUAUGAAAUGGUGCCUUUAUAAUAGUGUGAGAUUGUCAGUUGCUUAAUGUGUUUUAAUGACUUCUGUAACUCAGACCAAGCCACCUAAGGUUUGACAGUCUUCUGCUGAGCUUCAGCAUAUACAGUACCCUCCAUAACGUUUGGGACAAACAAUUUAUUUGCCUCUCUACUCCACAAUUUGAGAUUUCUAAUAAAGUCACGUGAUUUAAGUACACAUUGUCAGAUUAAAGGGCAUUUCUAUACAUUUUGCUUUCAUGUACAAAUUACAGUCGUGUUUAUACAUAGUCCCCCCCCCUCCCCUUUUCAGGGAACCAUAAUGUUUGGGACACAACAAUGUUAUGUAAAUUAAAGUCAUGUUUAGUAUUUUGUUGCAUAUCCUUUGCAUGCAAUGAAUGCUUAGUCUUGAGAUUCGUUGAUGUCCUCUCUGGUGAUGCUCUUGCAGGCCUGUAUUGAAGCCAUCUUUAGCUCAUGCUUAAGUCCCCUUAAGUUUACUCUUCAGCAUAUGAAAGGCAUGCUCAAUUGGUUAUUCAAGAAUUGAAAAUCAAGACAUAGAGGGUCUUUAUCCCAAACUUUACGGAGGGCACUUUUUAGGAUGCACAGACAUGCUUCCAUGCUUCCUUUGUGUAGGUCAAGGUUCAGUUUUCCAAGAUUUGCUUAGAGGACAUUGUUCAGUAUAUAUUUUUCUGGGUGGAUGUGACUUGUGUUGUAGGUACACUAAUAGGCCUGUUACAAACUCUAUCUGAGGUUAUACACUGCCAACCCACAAGGUGGCAGCCUGGGCUAAUCUGGUUGGAGUGGGCGGAAAGCAUUACUUCUUAGUUCGUAGUUCAUUGAACAAUGUUUACAUCCUGUUUGCAUUUAGCUCCCCUAAUGGAAGCGCAUGGAAUUGCAGCACACAUUUGCGUCACGCAACAAAAUUUGCACUGCACAUUUUGUUAUGCAAGGACGCAAGAAACACCCUUGCGUUGCUCCUUGCACACGUUCCUCGCAUAUGUAAGUAAGUAUGUAAUAGGCUUUACUUUGUGUAGAUAUGAUUGUAUGUAUCCUGUACACUUUAACUGUGGAUAUAUGACAAUAUACAGUACUGUGCAAAAGUCAAGACCACCCUUUAUUUCCUUUCCACUGAAAACAACCAUUAAGUGCAAGUUAUUUUUCAUUUUAAGCAUCAGAAAAUGAUGGCACAAACCUAUAUUUAACACAAAAUUACACUCCACAACUAUGCACAAUAAUCUCUCAGUAAUUAGUAUGUCCACCGUUUGCCUCCAUAUUGCAGCCUCCAUUCUUCUCAGGAGACUUGCUUUGAAUUUUUCAAAGAAAUCUGUAGGGAUAUUUUUCCACACUUCUUGAAAGUUCAGUCUUAGAAGUUGCUUGCAUUUUCUGCUUCUCUUGAUCCAAGUAAUCAUAAACACAUUCAGUGAUGUUCAGGUCGGGACUUUGGGGUGGCCAGUCCAUUGUUCUGAGAACACCAGCAGCUUGACAUUUUCAGCUGUGGGCUUGGGGACAUUAUCUUACUGUAGAAUGAAUUUGCUCCCAAUCAAACAUUGUCCGGAGGGUAUUGAAUGGUAGGUACAGUAUUUUAAGAUCUGUUUGUAUUUAUCAGCAUUCAUGAUGCCUUCAAUCAAAACCAGUUCACAAAUUUCAGAUGAUUUUUAUAAAGCCCCAAAUUUGCACAUCAUUUCAGAUGCAAAGCAUCUUCUCACAGCGAAAGGAUUGACAGAAACACCUGUGGAUUUCUUCAGAUCUGAAACAAGAGUGGAUCUGAUUCCCGUUUCUCAAAGAUAAAACCUUUAAAUACUGUUUUGUGAUGGUAAUGGUCUCAUUGGUCUACCAGUUCUUGCACAGUUGUUAGAAGUUAAAUUUUGUCUGUAUCUUUCAAUAAUCUUUUGAGCAGUCUUUUCACUUAUUUUCCAUUGGCUUUCACCUUCCUUAUGCCAUUGAAUUAUCUUAUAUCUAAUAUCUCCUUUAGCCAUUUUAAAUGCACAUGUCAAAGAAAUCUACAAGGCAGUUUGGGUAGUUGUUGUAGUCUGUUGAAUGUUAGUCACUUUUGAAGACUUAACAUUUGAUCACACUUUUGGUAACAACCUUUGCUGGUAGGACACAGCCUGUAACUUGUUUAUUGAUUGGAAGGAUGGAAGAGUGGACAACCACUGAUAUUUGAUAUGCCGUAUAGUAGUGGAAGCUGAUUUUCUGUUAAAUAUACAUCUCCUGCAUUACUAUCUGACACAAAAAAACUGCACUGAAUGGCUGAUGACUGGAAAUGUAAUAAAUGAAAGGGUGGUGUCCGAUUUUGCACAGUACUGUGUGUGCUGCCUAAACCCUGGUUUUGGAAUUUCUGGGUUUAAAAAAAAUAAUAAUACUGCUGUUACUAUAGCAACAGCACCAGACAUGGCUUACUAGUGCCAAUUUCCUGAAAAUAAAUUUUCUUCAUCUUUUUUUUUAUGUAAACAGAUGUAUUGCAUUCAUAGUAAUUGCACUAAAAUGUAUAAAUGUGACAUAUUGCAAGCUUGUGGAAAUAUAUAACAAUACUUGUUUUAAUAGAUUUAGUUUAGUUUAUAAGUAUUUUUAGAAUGUAGAAUUUUCUGAUAACAGCUCCUGGGUGGAGACUGAUUCAAUGCACUUUUACUUGACAUUGCAAACCUUAUGUUGUCAUGGCAGACCAGUCAACUGGGGUCAACUGAUCCCUUAGAGAUUUGAGGGGGUCUGUGAACUGGUUAGAAUAUGUUUUACUUGAUUUGCUUCCUCUCACUUAAUAUAAAUGCUAAGGAACUAUGCCAUUCAGUCAAAUUUAUUUCUGUUAAGUAUUACAGGUUAAAUUGUUUCUAAUUAUUCAAAAGACAACCAUUGAAAUGUUCCACAUAGACGUCUGACCAAAAGUAUAUGGCAGUUCCUAUUUCUGAUGCACCAUGCUCAGAUUCAGCAUUCAAAUUUUUCUUUUUUCUUUUUUCUCCCAAUUUGGUGGCCAAUGGUACCCUGGUUUUUAUUAUCAAUUCCCAUGUGCUGCUGAGGAAACAAUUACAACCCUGCCACCUGGUGGCCAGAAUGAGAACGACGCGUUCUCUAGCCCCGUACCUUGAUACCGAGUUGAUCAGGGAGGCUUGCAUGUGGCGAUCCUCCCCGCCGUGUACCUCCCCCACCCUCGGAGUGGCGGUCCAAUUAUUGCCGCUCCCUCGUGCACUGGCCACACUCCGAUCUGUCAGCAUUCAUGCUUUUGGUUUUGGGUUUGGUUUGAUUGGCUGUGUGAGUCUUAAAAGUCUUAAUUCUGUCAGCUGUGGAUCACCUCAGCUGUUGUUUCUGCCACUGUUUGCCCAGCACACACUGUGGCAAACCUUCUUGGCAAGCAAAGCCAAGUUUUACUGCAUUUGUUUACAUGUAUUGUGGUGCUUUUGUAUAAAAAAUGUCAAAGUA